CUUGUGUUUUUGAAACAAUCCAUAUUCGUCAACCUUUUUCCUCUCUUUCUGCUCCUUAUUCUUCAACCGAAUUCCUCUCUCUCUUCCAUAUUCUUGAGCCGUAUUCCUCUCUCUCUUCCAUAUUCUUGAGCCGUAUUCCUCUCUCUAUCAUUUGGAAUCUUCUUCUUUUCCUCAGACUGCAAAAGAAAGGAAGCAGUGGGAGAGGAAGAAGCCGAUGCCGAGUUCUCCUUGUGAAAAAGAAGAAUGGGGUGCAAAGGCAUGGGAUUUUCUCUGCAAUUUAAGAAGUGGGUCUCCUCUAAUUCAGUGCAUAACCAACUUUGUGUCCAUGGACCUGAUGGCCAACACCCUUUUGGCCGCAGGUGCUUCUCCUGCAAUGAUUCAUGCCCUUGAAGAGAUACCCGACUUCACCCCACAUGUCCAUGGCCUCUGCAUAAACAUUGGUACUCUCACUCCUCAGUGGUUGCCUUCCAUGAAGGCGGCUGCCAUUGAAGCUUCUCGAUCGGCCAAGCCAUGGGUUUUGGACCCUGUUGCUGUUUCCGCUUCUCCUUUUCGAUUGCAAGCCUGUAAUGAACUUGUGGACCUCAAACCCACUGUUAUUCGAGGCAAUGCUUCAGAAAUUCUUGCUCUUUCUAACGGUUUUUCAGGCCCCAACAAGGGAGUGGACAGCAACCACUCAUCAAUGGAUGCAGUAGAAGCAGCUAAAUCCUUAGCUCAAACCAAAGGAACCAUCGUGGCUGUCUCUGGAGCCAUAGACAUCAUCACCAAUGGUACGCAAGUGGUAGGUGUGCACAAUGGUGUGCCUAUGAUGCAGCGUAUCACUGCAACUGGUUGUGCAGUCACAGCUCUCAUCUCAGCAUUCAUUGCAUCAAACGUAGAGCAUCCAUUUGAGGCCACAGCCUCUGCCCUUGCUGUUUUUGGGGUGGCAGGGGAGCUUGGGAUGAGCAAGGCAAAUGGACCCUCCUCUCUGCGCAAUCACUUGAUUGAUUCAUUGCAUGUGCUGGAUCGCUCCACUUUUUUAUCACAUGUUAGGAUAUCGGACUUGUAGUAUUCUUUUUUGGGAAAAUAAUACUUAUAUCAUCAGUCCUUGUCAACUAUUGGUGGAUACGAACAGUAGGCUUGUUAAAUAUUGACCUUGUUUAUCAAAUCAGAAUAUGGUUCAUCCUCACCAUCUGUUCAUGGUAGCAGACGGUAUGUUAUACAUUCCUUUCUUCUCUUUCUUAAUUAAUUUGUGGAUGGUCUUCCCAGAUUCGUCAUAAUAAUCAAUAACAAUGACAUGCUUAUUUCUUUUUCAG